AUGAAAUUUUACUCUAGUUUAUUAGUUAGUUUAUUACUUGUGAUUUCACAAUCGAGCUGUGAAGCAGAAGAUGAUUACUACGAUAUAUUGGGCAUAGAACGAUCAGCAUCAUCGUAUGAAAUAAAAAAAGCAUAUCGAAAAAAAGCCCUCAAAGAACAUCCAGACACAAAUCGAGACGACCCGGGAGCCACCGAGCGAUUUCAAAGAGUUAAUAGGGCGUACGAAGUGCUAUCAGAUGAAGAUAAACGAAAGGCAUACGAUAAAUGUGGUGUAAAAUGUGUAGAACGUGAAGGAGCAAUGGACAAUUCUGAUCCGUUUGCCAGUUUCUUCGGCGAUUUUGGCUUUUCAUUUGGUGGCGAAGACCGUGGACCACGCGACACACCAAAAGGUGGUACCAUCACAAUGGAUCUCUUUGUUACGCUUGAAGAAUUAUAUUCGGGAAAUUUCAUUGAGAUAACGAGAAAUAAACCAGUGAUGAAACCCGCUUCCGGCACUAGAAAGUGCAAUUGUCGCCAAGAAAUGGUUGCACGAAAUUUGGGACCUGGACGUUUCCAAAUGAUGCAACAAACUGUUUGCGAUGAAUGUCCCAAUGUAAAAAUGGUUGACGAAGAGCGUUUAUUGGAAGUUGAAGUUGAAGUUGGUAUGGUUGAUGGACAAGAAACGACAUUCUUUGCCGAGGGUGAACCUCAUCUCGAUGGUGAUCCCGGUGAUUUGAAACUCAAAAUUCGCACCAUGCCACAUCCAGUCUUUGAACGACGGGGCGAUGAUCUCUACACAAAUAUUACAAUAAGCUUACAAGAUGCACUAACUGGCUUCACAGUAGAGAUUCCACAUUUGGAUGGUCACAAAGUGGUGAUCAUGCGGGAAAAGGUCACAUGGCCUGGUGCUCGUAUUCGUAAGAAGAACGAAGGCAUGCCAAAUUACGAAAACAACAAUCAAAAAGGCGUUUUGUACAUCACUUUCGACGUUGAAUUCCCAAAACAAGAAUUUACCGAAGAAGAGAAAGAAAACUUACAGAAAUUAUUGAAUCAAAGUCCAAACAAUCGAGUAUACAACGGACUCAAUGGAUCAUAAACUUGCCAGUAGCUGGUCGCUAUACAAUGUUUUUUAAAUUAUAUUUUGUAAUGUAGGAGCACAUCUUUGUAAUCGACCGACUUUAGAACAUAUUAAUCAAUUAAAACGUUGAAUUUCCACCUCAACAAUAAAAAAUGAAUCAGUUUUGUUUGAUUCCAACCGAUGGAUUGUAUCGGUAUUGAUGUAAAUAAAGUAUAAAUUUAAGCGAGAAAAAAAUGAAACUUAAAAAAAUAUAAAUGAAGUGUGCGAAGUA